AUGCGGCAAGGGCCAGGACAACCCGGAAGCUUCGAGGAAGAACGGGCUCCGGGGAAGCUGGCGCCCUGCGCUGCAGAGCUGCACGUGCACCUGGCCCAGGGCCUGGAGAAGCUGCAGGAGGAGACUGGAGAUGCUGCAGAUGCUGCGGGUCCCGGUGCUGCCCACUGCCUGAAAGGGGAGCUAGAAGAAGUCCCGGAGGGGAUUUGGGUGCCAAAAAGAAAAAGAAGAAACAGAAGAGAAAAAAGGAGAAACCGAAUUCCGGAGGCACCAAGUCCGACUCGGCAUCGGAUUCCCAGGAGAUUAAAAUCCAGCAGCCUUCAAAACACAUCAUCAUCUGGCAGCAGAUUUCAGCGGGAGCAGCCCCAGAAUCCCACCAUUCCAAUGCAGAAGUUGCAGGAUAUCCAGAGAGCCAUGGAGCUGUUAUCUGCAUGCCAGGGCCCUGCCAGGAAUAUCGAUGAGGCUGCCAAACACAGAUACCAGUUUUGGGACACGCAGCCGGUACCCAAACUGAAUGAAGUCAUAACAUCCCACGGGGCCAUCGAGGCAGAUAAAGACAAUGUGCGCCAGGAGCCGUAUUCCCUGCCGCAGGGUUUUAUGUGGGACACUUUAGACUUGGGUGACGCUGAAGUGCUCAAGGAGUUGUACACCUUGUUGAAUGAGAACUACGUGGAAGAUGAUGACAACAUGUUCCGCUUUGACUAUUCGCCCGAGUUCCUGCUGUGGGCUCUGCGUCCUCCAGGCUGGCUCCUUCAGUGGCACUGUGGGGUCAGAGUGUCUUCGAACAAAAAGCUAGUUGGGUUCAUAAGUGCCAUCCCGGCAAACAUUCGGAUUUACGACAGUGUGAAGAAGAUGGUCGAAAUCAACUUUCUUUGUGUUCAUAAGAAGUUGAGAUCAAAACGGGUAGCCCCAGUGUUAAUUCGAGAAAUAACUAGAAGAGUGAACUUGGAAGGGAUUUUCCAGGCUGUCUAUACCGCUGGAGUGGUUCUUCCCAAGCCAGUGGCCACGUGCAGAUACUGGCAUCGAUCGCUCAACCCCAGAAAAUUGGUCGAAGUGAAAUUUUCUCACUUGAGUAGAAAUAUGACUUUACAGAGAACAAUGAAGCUGUACAGACUACCGGAUGUUACAAAGACUUCAGGCUUGAGACCGAUGGAACCGAGAGAUAUCAAAGCAGUUCGAGAAUUAACCAACACUUACCUGAAGCAGUUUCAUCUAGCCCCGGUGAUGGAUGAAGAGGAAGUUGCCCACUGGUUCCUCCCCCAGGAGCACAUUAUUGACACGUUUGUAGUGGAGAACUCCAGUGGUAAACUAACUGACUUCCUGAGCUUCUACACACUCCCCUCCACAGUCAUGCACCACCCUGCUCACAAGAGCCUCAAAGCUGCCUACUCCUUCUACAACAUUCACACGGAGACGCCCCUGCUGGACCUCAUGAAUGAUGCGCUCAUUAUAGCCAAAUUGAAAGGAUUUGAUGUAUUCAAUGCACUAGAUUUGAUGGAAAACAAGACAUUCUUGGAAAAACUCAAGUUUGGUAUAGGAGAUGGCAAUUUACAGUAUUACUUGUACAACUGGAGGUGUCCCGGAACAGACUCUGAAAAGGUUGGACUUGUAUUACAAUAGAUGGAUAUUUCUAUUUCUAGAACUCUGACACCGUCAUUUGUUAAUAUUCUAUUUAAUGAUUUAUGGAACUGCCAUUCCAAAGAAGAAAUAAAAGCACAACUUAAGUGAAAUCGAUGUAGUCAAUAACAAUCAGAAAAGAUGAAAAAACAUUCGUAUGUGACCAGUAGUCCACAUUUCUAGCUAGAACAUUAAGAUUUAUCCUUUGUUCCACUGUUUACUUAUUUGUAGGAGGGAUGAAAGGGUACAAGGAGCACAUUCCUCUAAUUUUCACACUUUUGGCUGUCUCUUGAUGAAGAGAAGGUAUUUUUCCACUCUCUAAAAAGGGACUGUUCUUCUAUGGACUGAACCGCAGUCACAGA